GCGGGCUGCGGCCUAGCCACAGCCACGUCAGCAAUGUCGAAAGUCGAAACCAACCCCACUCCACGUCUCCCCCAGGAGAAGCGACCAUUCAAAGCCGCCGGGAGCUCGGCGUCACCGCCGCGAGCUCGACACCUCGACACCUCGUGCCGCCGCAGCGCUUGCUUUCGUCCCCCUUACGCCACUCCCACUUGGCCACUUCAGCCACCAUCUCCCUGAAGCUAGUGGCUAACCUCCUCACCGCCAUGGGCACCCCUCUCCUCAUCCCCCUUCUCGUCACCCUCCAGCUGUUCACUACCUCCUCCCCCGCGGUCGCGUCGUCACACAUCUCCGCCAUCAUCUCGCAGUCGGGCCUCGACUUCGCCAAGGACCUGCUCGUAUCCCAUGCCGUUGCGACCCUCACGCCCAUGAACGUGCCGGACAUCGAGAGGACCAUGAGCAUACCCCUCGUGGGCACCGUCCGCAUGGCCGCAUCCGGGAUUGUGCUCCACGGCCUCGCCGUCACCAACUCCACCGUCGCUGUGGGGGACGCGGGUGUUGUCGUGGCCGCCUCGUUGGCCAGCGCGAACCUCACCAUGGAGUGGAACUACUCGUAUGACGCCUGGAUUGUGACCAUAUCCGACAGCGGGAAUGCUUCGGUCCAGGUUGAAGGAAUGGAGGUUGGUGUUUCCAUGGUCAUGAAGAAUCAGAAUGGAUCUAUCAAGCUGUCUGUUACAGAAUGUAGCUGUUAUAUGGAGGACUUGGACAUAACACUAAAUGGGGGAGCAUCUUGGUUCUAUCAAGUGUUUAUAGAUGGUUUCAGUAAUCAUAUCAUAUCAUCGGUGGAAAAUGCAAUUAAGAACAAAGUAAUGGAAGGUGCACUGAAGCUUGAUUCUUUCCUGGGAAACCUCCCAAAGAAAAUUGAUCUUGAUAGUGUUGCUGCAAUGAAUGUGACUGUUGUUAAUGAUCCAAUAUUCAAGAGCUCCUCUGUUGAGUUUGAUAUAGAUGGCUUGUUUAUUCCAUCUGAUGAAACUGCUCCGAGAGACAUGCAUCUUGGAGAUACCCAAUUUGCAUUACCUCUUGGGAGCUCCUCAAAAAUGCUUUGGAUUUCAUUGGAUGAAGAUGUCUUCAACUCCGUUUCAGCUCUCUACUUCAAGGCUGGUUUGCUGCAACGGAUGGUGGACAAGAUUCCUGAUCAGUUUUUUCUGAACACUGCUAGCUGGAGAUUUUUGGUUCCUCGAUUGUAUCGAGAGUUUCCUGACGAUAAUAUGCUACUGAAUAUCUCUGCAGUUUCGCCUCCCUCUGUGAGAAUUAAUGUGGGUAGAAUUGAUGCCACAGUUGACUUAGAUAUAACGGUUAAUGUUUUGGAUUUUGGUGAGAUAGUUCCAGUUGCAUGCUUAUCAGUGUCGGUUGAUGUUUAUGGAGCUGCAGCAGUAUCAGAGAAUAAUCUUGUUGGGAGAGUGGAAUUGGACUAUUUCUCAUUUACCUUAAAGUGGAGCAAAGUUGGCAAACUCCACACCAUUCUAGUGCAGACUGUGCUGAGGAUUUUGCUGAAAAAAUUGUUUGUACCAUAUGUGAACUCGUAUCUCAAGCAUGGCUUCCGGUUGCCCAUCAUCAAGGGUUUCUCCGUCACAGAUGCAUAUAUCCUCACUUCUUACUCAAGAAUGAUUGUUAGCUGCGAUGUUGCCUUCAUUGAGCCAGAGGUUCUGUCUCCUGUCCAAGAGUCCAACACCAACGAAGAUUUGUCAUAUGAGGUUCUGUCUCCUGUCCAAGAGUCCAAGACCAACGAAGAGUUGACCAACGAAGAUUUGUCAUUUGAGGUUCUGUCCAGUUUACUGCUUGGAUCUGCCAAAACAUCGCAACCAACAGCGUAAAAUUCAUGUAAAUAGUAAAGCUAUUCAUCAGUUUAUUGCUUUGUAAAAUGUGUAAAUAACUGUGUAUUGUGUGUGUAGUUUUUUUUAAAAAAGUUUACCAUGUCCCUA